AUGCUCAGAGAAUCUGUAGGAAUCGCUCUAGUUAAACCUGAUUCUUACUCAUUUGAAACGUGCGAACACAUUCCCGGUCGCCAGUUCAGGAGUGGCAGUUACAAAUGCAUGUGUCGCCAGGGAUUUGAGUAUCCAUUUAACGAUCUAACUUGGUUCUUCGACGGCGAAACCAUGGAAAAAGAAUAUGACCUCAUGAUACGAGGUCAGAAGAGUCGAUAUGACCUUCUCAAGUGUCGUCAGGGAUUGGCAAUGUCACUACGAAUUUCUGUUGGGCUAAUGAUUGCCUCAGUUAUGAGUAGUUUGGUGCUGUUUUAA